GAUAUGCGUAGGGACGUGCAAGAGAUCUUCCGGGCCACACCUCAGCAGAAGCAGGUCAUGAUGUUCUCGGCCACGCUCUCGGACGAGAUCAAGCCGAUCUGCAAGAAGUUCAUGCAGAACCCCACGGAGCACUAUGUCGAUGAAGACACCAAGUUGACGCUGCACGGCCUGCAGCAGUACUACCUCGCUCUCGAGGAGAGGGAGAAGAACCGGAAGCUCAACGAGCUUCUGGACGACCUUCAGUUCAACCAGGUCAUCAUCUUCGUCAAGAGCACCCUCCGUGCUACGGAGCUGGACAAGCUCCUGCGCGAGUGCAACUUCCCCUCGAUCGCUGUCCACUCGGGCGUCAGCCAGGAGGAGCGUAUCCGCCGCUACAAGGAGUUCAAGGAGUUCAACAAGCGCAUCUGCGUCGCCACCGACGUCUUCGGCCGCGGUAUCGACAUUGAGCGCAUCAACCUGGCCAUCAACUACGACAUGCCGGCGGAUGCUGACUCGUACCUCCAUCGCGUCGGUCGCGCGGGCCGUUUCGGUACCAAGGGUCUCGCCAUCUCGUUCGUUACCAACGACCAGGAUAAGGACGUCCUCAAGUUGAUUGAGAAGCGCUUCGAGGUCGCUCUUCCGGAGUUCCCUAAGGAAGGCAUCGACGCCAGUACUUAUAUGGCCUCUUAAACGUCCAACAUAUGGGGACAUGGGUGUUGUACUGUGACUGCUUAUGGGACUGGUCGCUCCAAGAAGGAAGCUACUCCCGUUAUUUCUUGUAGUGGUUUUCGAUCUGGUCAUCUAGUUAUUUAAGUUUAUGCGGUGCCUGCGUCCCUGUAUUCUGAGACUUUUGGUGGCCUGGGCUUGGCAAUAUGAAAAGAGGAAGCAGUGAUUGGGAGGGAGAUAUGAUCUGUUCGAUUGUCGACUGUCUGAGCAAGUUGGGUCCGUAGGUGACACCAGUUCUAGCUAAUCCAUGCCAGCACCGUCUAUUUUUCCAUGUGUAGCCAGCUCUCGGUGGGAAUCUCAUUGCGCCAUGCACAUCGAA